AUGUCUAAUUCCUCACCUUCAAGCUAUUUCCUCCAGUCUUCUCACAAUCUAUCUCGUGACGACAUCUCUGAGCCUCGCUUUGUCAAACGCUUUCAUCUGAUGCUUCCUCAAAUCCCUGAUUCUCGUCCCGAUCCAGACGAGUACCACGCCAAGAUGGAUGACGACGUCCGCGUUAUGAUAGGCCCUAUGCGCUUCGGGUGGAAAUUAGACGAAAAUGUCAAAUCUCUCACCGACCAACAGUCCGGCGAUCUCCUCUGGCUCAUCAUAAGUGGGGCGCUUGACACUACCAAUCUUCACUCAGAGUGGAACACACCACAAGGCAGCACUAAUCGACUCUCUUUAUUCAAGAAGGCGCUCGUAGUCGCUGGCCCCGCCCUCAAAGAAGCCUUCGUGAGCGCCUUGCAAGAGAAUUCUUUCAAAUAUAUACGAAAUGCCGCCUUUUUACGGCAGCCAUUUAUUGAUCCAGCCGUCAGGCCAGUUGAAGACGAACAUACGCCGGCUGUUCCAGCUGUGCGUGGCGCUUGGGAAAGGGAGUAUGUUACCUCUACUGCUGAACAUUUUUGUAAUAUGUUGGAAAAGAUGAAGCAAAACAAGAACAUAGACUACGGGAAUACUGUAGCCAUCGUGCAGAGCUCGGGGACUGGAAAGUCUAGGAUGGUAGACGAGGCAGCGCGCUUUAUCUUCACGCUUCCCUUCAAUCUACGUGAUGACACUGCCUCUCACUUUAUGUCAUAUCCCUCCCCUGAUCCCUCUGUCCGUAACUACCUGCUGUCUCAAGAUAUGACUGAUAUCUCCGUCCGGACCUGUUACCACGCCUUCCUCAUGGUCCUCUUCAAUUCCGCGGAAAAAGAACUUUCGACACUCUACGGGGAUGGAAAGUUGGAGAAGGACAAAUUGGCGGACCUGUGGCGGGAUCAUCUCAAGACCGGACACUUUCGAGACGAAUUCUACAGGCACGUCGUCCUUAUCUCUACUGAGGAAUAUGAGAAAACUAAAUCUGCCGUGAAUCAAGAGGGCGCGCUCACAGACAUGACGAGCAAAGCGAUCCAAGCAUGCAGAAAGCUCCAUGGAACUCUCCGCGAUAAAGCUAGCAAUCUCCAAGGAAAUGUUGAUAUCUUCAUAUACUUCGACGAGGCUCACGUGUUGACUGAGCGUAAUCCAUUCGAUCGCGCAAAAUCGUACACCCUAUACAAGGUCUUGCGUUCAGUGCUCAAUGAAUUCCUGGAGCUACCAAUGUUUGUCGUAUUCCUCUCUACCACAUCUCAUGUCGGCGCGUUCGCACCACCGUUAGGCCUCAAGGAUUCCGCACGUACUCUUGCUAGCGGAGCUCACCAAGCACCAAUCACCGAGACCCCAUUCGACUGCGCUCCCAACAUCCUAGUCAAGCCGGACACGCACACCUUGGAGGAUGUGGCGGACGUGCGUUUCAUGGCACGAUUUGGUCGGCCCCUUUUUUGGACCUGGAUGGAGCAGAUAGCUGGCGUCGAUGGGAAUCGUUCGAUCGACACAUUCAUCGGAACCCUCAGAGGCAAGCUUCUCAGUGAUAAAGAUAUCUCGAAACCUAUGGCGGAAUACACUGCGCUCGGAAGGUUGGCCGUUCUCGACGUCCGGCUGAAUCUAGAGUAUGAACCGCUCGUGGAGGGUAAUCGGUCGCUGAAUUCUCAAGCGCAGCUCAUCAAAAGCCACAUGCGCAUUGCCUACUCCAUACCAGCACACCGUGAAUACUUCCGUUCUGGAUAUCCAAGUGAGCCGAUAUUGGCCGAGGCUGCCUCAAGACAACUGCACCUUUGGCGCACCGAGAGACAGACGGCGUUCUUCGACAUACUCAGCGAGCAUAUGAAAAACGGCCUUCUAGAUCGAGGAGAACGCGGAGAAGCCGUAGCGCGUAUGCUUGUUACCGAGGCCUAUGAUCGUGCAGUCAUCGAAGAAGGCAAGGCAGAAGGCAAGGCACACUUUAGUGAUGGUUGCACUGUUGUGGGGUGGAUCCAACAGUUCUUCCAGCAGGAGGUCGCCACUGCCAUCCUCGAUAGCACACCAGCGAACUGCGCAGGACAAAGGCUCGAAGAUGUUUUCAAAGAUGCAAGGCUUCGCUUCACUCAUUUCGCCAAAGCCGCCGACGAUCACAUUAUCAACACGCACUCCAUGUUUGCAGCCUUCGCCCGCGGCAUGGCGUUUACCUGUGGGAACGGCCAGAGUGCCAUCGACUUUAUCCUUCCAGUCCUUCUCAUGAAUGCCAAACUCAGUCCGUGGGUCAUGACCGCCAUAUUCGUCCAAGUCAAACGGCGCAAGAGGGCCGGGGAUUAUAAGAUAGACGCCGAGGCCUUGAAGUUUUUCCACAAGGAGGGGCCCGACAAGUUAGCAAAAGAUACCCGCCCGUACAUCACGCUUAUCAUGGAUCUCGGCGUACAGCCGAACCUUCCUGCUUACGCCACUCUCGCUGCUCAGGAUGUGAUCAAAAGACACAAAAACAAGGCCAACCUCCCCCAGGUAGCGCCUACCUUCACACCUACUCGACCUCUUAGUCCUUCAAAGAUCACUGUCUCCCAUACACCGCCGCCAUCGAGCUACAGUCAGCGCCGCGGUCCCCAGCCUGAGGCUCCCGUGAAAGGACAUCCACGCUACGAAGUCGGCGUAAAAGGAUGCUCCAAUACACUGUUCAAGGUAAUUGAGGAUGCAGACCGACAGAGAUACCAGGAGCUACUUCGCAUCAACGAGUUCUUGUAUGAACAUCCUCGGCCGGAGACCAUUCCCCAGGUGAUGAACCUGAAGCCUAUGUUUGCGCUCGGCAAGAACAGCUACGACUGGGUCGAGUCAAACGUGCUGAAUGUGGAGGGUGUCUCUCCAUCUGAACUCGGCGUUAACGAGCGCCGGUUCUGGGUAGGUGCAUACGAAGAAAGGAAUACUUGA